UUGUCAGUGCAAGCAGAGAAGCAAGCAAAUCGGGAGUGGGGACUGGGGUGCCGGGGCCCAAGCUUCAGCGUUUGUGUGUUUGACGGCUUCCAAGUCAGUCGACGACAACGCCGCCCCAGACUCAACCUCGACCCCCAAGUUUUGGCAAUUGAAUUCUGCCAUUGCUCGACCAGCCAGCCCGAUCGCAGCUAUGGCGAGCAAACUAGCUCCAAUGUUCUUGCGGACAACCCUGCGCACGGCGGCGGGCCGGGUAUCGCGGCCACAGGCCCGCACAAUUUCCCUGUCGGCGGCGAGGCGAAGCGACACUCUGAUGGUGCACCGCAACACGCCCGACAACAACCCCAGCCUGCCGUUCAAGUUCACGGCGGACAACGAGGCCAUCAUCGCCGAGGUGCUCAAGCGGUACCCGCCGCAGUACAAGAAGGCGGCGGUGAUGCCGCUGCUGGACCUGGGCCAGCGCCAGCACGGCUUCACCAGCAUCAGCGUCAUGAACGAGGUGGCGCGCAUCCUCGAGAUGCCGCCUAUGCGCGUCUACGAGGUCGCCUCCUUCUAUACUAUGUACAACCGGACGCCCGUGGGCAAGUUCCACGUGCAGGCCUGCACCACGACACCAUGCCAGCUCGGCGGCUGCGGCAGCGACGUCAUCGUGCAGGCUAUCAAGGAGCAGCUGGGGAUCAAGCAGGGCGAAACGACGGCGGACGGGUUGUUCACCUUCAUCGAGGUCGAGUGCUUAGGCGCGUGCGUCAACGCGCCCAUGGUGCAGAUCAACGACGACUACUACGAGGACCUGACGCCCGAGACGGUCAAGUCGCUGCUGGCGGCGCUCAAGGAGAGCGUGACGGAUGUCGGCAAGGCAGCAUCUUCAAAGGUGCCCGCGCCCGGCCCCCUGAGCGGCCGCGACACGUGCGAGAACAGCAACGGCCUGACCAACCUGACCAGCGAGCCCUGGGGCACAGAGACGACGAGGCAGGAUUUGUAGAUGGACGUGGGGGAGAGGCGAGACGAGACUGUAUAUAAAAACAGGUGGCAGAUUCGGAACGGGCCGAGGGAGAAGUCUGAUCUGAUCUGCCUGAGUGUGUACAAUUUAGAAACCUCCCGGGAGAAAAUAGAGCAGAGACCCCCCCCCCCCCC